UCAAGCUGCAAUCGAGUUAGAGCCUGUCGUCGAUGUGCACACCGAAAUGGAGAAGAAUGCAGACCUUCAUCGAGAUGUUGGAGGAAGUUCCCUGUGCGCCCCUAUUCCAAGCGAAACGAGCGACAUUAAAGCAGCUGUGAGUGUGAAAGGAGCAGCCGAUGUGUGCAAGAAGGUAGACCCACCGCUCCGUACUUUGGGCAGUUGUACAAACGCCAGUAGUACUCAAAGUGCUAGCGAUGCUAAUGCUAUCUCCUGUGUACAGAAAUCAGAUGUUGUAUCCGAAAUGGUCGACUCUCACACGAUUCAGAAUAAGAGCAUCCCGGAGAACAUUUUGUCAGGGACCUCGUCAUCGGAUCUCGUGGAUCAGAUGAGCAACGGCUUGGAAUAUAGUUCUCCGGUGGUUACUGGAAAUAAAGAGGUUACAACCUCAAAGUUAGUAAACAACCAAACGACAGAUGAUCCCUCUUCUCUGAUGGAUGCACAAUCUACAAGGAUUACAAAUACUCAGAAGGAUGGUGUGGACUCUUUGGCUCAAGAGCUAACAAAGCCGACAAAACCAACAAAUCUGGCUGCUGACAGAUCCAACAUGGGAAGCGUGAAGUCGGGGGCUACAAAUUCUAAUGAACACACUGUUUCCGAGGGUCUUCCCAGUGGGAGUUAUCCCAGUAUCGCAGGGGAGUCCCAUAGUUUUGACUCACUGGAGUCUUUCUCUAAUCUCAACUCAUGUCCUAGCUCUGACCUGAACAGUGAAGGUUUGGAUGAUAAGGGAUUGGCCCUGGCUCUGCAAAACGAGUAUGGUUCCGAUGGUGCUAAAGUACCGUGUCCUAAAGACCGGGGUGCUGGCCAGUCUAUUUACCACAUCAAAUGGAUAAAAUGGAAAGAGGAAAACACACCAAUCAUUACUCAGAAUGAGAACGGCCCAUGUCCACUGUUGGCUAUUAUGAAUGUCCUCUUGUUGGCAUGGAAGGUCAAGAUGCCACCAAUGAUGGAGAUAAUAACUGCAGAACAGCUGAUGGAAUAUCUGGGAGACUACAUCCUUGAUGCCAAACCAAAAGAGAUCUCUGAAGCUCAGAGGUUGAACUAUGAGCAGAACAUGAGUGAUGCCAUGGCGGUCCUUCAUAAGCUGCAGACGGGCUUGGACGUUAACGUGAAGUUUACGGGCGUACGGGUGUUUGAAUACACGCCCGAAUGUAUCGUCUUUGAUCUACUGGACAUCCCACUGUAUCACGGCUGGCUCGUGGACCCACAGAUGGCUGAUAUAGUGAAGGCAGUGGGUAACUGCAGCUAUAACCAGCUGGUGGAGAAAAUCAUCUCCUGCAAACAGUCUGACAACAGCGAGCUUGCGGGAGAAGGUUUCGUUGCUGAACAGUUUUUGAACAGUACGGCCACUCAGCUGACGUACCAUGGUCUGUGUGAGCUAACUUCCACGGUCCAGGAGGGAGAACUCUGUGUUUUCUUCAGAAACAACCACUUCAGCACCAUGACAAAAUUCAAGGGUCAGCUGUAUCUGCUGGUAACAGAUCAGGGUUUCCUGACAGAAGAAAAGGUCGUGUGGGAGAGCUUACACAACGUGGAUGGAGACGGAAACUUCUGUGACUCCGAAUUCCGCCUGCGUCCUCCAUCUGACCCUGAAACCGUUUACCGUGGUCAACAGGACCAAAUCGACCAGGACUACCUGAUGGCGCUGUCGCUGCAGCAGGAGCAACAGAGCCAGGAGCUGAACUGGGAGCAGGUCCCGGAGGGAAUCAGCGAUUUGGAACUGGCUAAGAAACUGCAGGAGGAGGAGGACCGCCGCGCCUCCCAGUACUACCAGGAGCAGGAACAGGAGCAGGCGCAGGCAGCAGCUGCGGCUGCGCAAGCACAGGGCCAGCAGCAGCCAGCAGGGGGCGAUCAGAUGGAAGGCGCAGUAGCGGCAGGCGCGGCGGCGGGGGCGGGACCAGCGGCCAGCCCAAGCCCAGGCAAACAAGCCUCCGCAGGGGAACGCAAAUCCAAGAAAGAGUCCAAGGAUAAGGACAAGUGUGUCAUUUUGUAAUGGAGGUGGAGCCCAUUCGUCCGAAGAGAGAAGGGGCAGCGUUUCUAUUUACAAGAUUUUGACUUGAUGCAAAGCCCCGACGUGAAAAGAAGAGAAAGAGGGAGAGAAGAAAGAGAGGAGAUGCAGUUCCCAUACCGUUGGUGCCUGAUAGCCUUUGACCCCUGGUGUUUUAAGCAGCCAGGGGAGCAGAGGAAGGGUUGCCAUGAUAACUACCACUACAUCUUUCGUAAAGUCGGCCAAACUUUCUUACGAGUUGCACAAGCACUGCUACGUUUGCGGAAGGGAGGGAGGUUUUCGGGUAAGGGAGGGGUGGGUAUAUUUUAUAGCGAAGCAAGAAAACACAUUAACAGCGCUGACAAAGAAAUAAUGACAGUACGUACAAGCAACAAACAAAAUAUUUCGUGGCACCGUGAUUUUUUUUUUUUAUGACGUUUUGUUUUCUGUUAUUAUUGCAGUUAAUAAGCUAUAAGCUGUUUUAUACAGAUAUGUAUGUACACAUACACAUG